AUGGAGGCGUCUGGCUUCAACAACAGCAGCAGCAGCAGUAGCGGACGCCCCCUGCCCCUCUGGGACAUGCCUGACUGGGAGGAGACAGGCAAGUGCCCCAUGUCACUGCUGGGAACCACCGUACUCAUCGUGGCCUACAGCGUGGUGCUGGCCGUGGGGCUGGUGGGUAACACCUGUCUAGUGCUGGUCAUCGUGCGGCAGAAGGAGAUGCGGAACGUGACCAACGUCUUCAUCGCCAACCUGUCCUGCUCCGACAUCCUGGUGUGUGUGCUGUGUGGACCCGUCACGGCCAUCUACGCCCUCAUGGACCGCUGGAUCCUGGGAGAGGCGCUCUGCAAGAUCACGAACUUCGUGCAGUGCAUGUCGGUCACGGUGUCCGUGCUCUCCCUGGUCCUCAUCGCCCUGGAGAGGCACCAGCUGAUCAUCCACCCCACGGGAUGGAAGCCCACGGUGGGCCACUCCUACCUGGCGGUGGGCCUCACCUGGCUGGUGGCCUGCACCAUCUCCCUGCCCUUCUUCUUCUACCACGUGCUCUCCAACAUGGCCGACCUGGCAGUUCCGGAAAGCAAGCCUGUCGAGUCGUAG